AGUCUCUUCAGUCUGGUGUGGGACCUGCAGCAGUGGAGGAUUUAAGUGCAUUGCUUGUCCUGAGUAUCUUCAUCUUGGAUUGAAAAGUCAAGAGCAGCAUGUUUUGCCCACUGCAGCUGGUCCUGAUCCCAAUGUUACUGGCUUGUUCCUUGGGCCUGAAUGACUUUAGUGCUUCCCCCCCUGAACUCACAGUCCAUGUGGGUGAUUCAGCUCUGAUGGGAUGUGUUUUCCAGAACCUAGAAGGGAAACACGUGACCAAAGUAGACUGGAUGCUGUCACCUGGAAAGCAUGCUGAGGAUGAAUAUGUGCUAUACUAUUAUGGCAACCUCAGUGUGCCAGUGGGUCGCUUCCGGAACCGUGUGUUUUUGGCAGGARACCUCCUACAAAAAGAUGGUUCUCUGCUGCUCCAAGAUGUGCACGAGGCUGACCAGGGAACCUACACCUGUGAAAUCCGCCUUGAAAGCGAGAGCAAGGUGUUAAAAAGCAAAGUGGUGCUGCAUGUGCUACCAGAGGAGCCCAAAGAGGUCACGGUCCAUGUGGGUGAUUCAGCUCUGAUGAGAUGUAUUUUCCACAGCACAGAAAAGAAACGCCUGACCCAGGUAGACUGGAUGUUUUCUUCAGGAGAGCAUACCAAGGAAAUCGUCUUACACUAUGACCUCAAAUUCCACUUUCCUGAGAGAUACUUCCCUUAUCAGGGUCGCUACCAGAACCGUGUAAACCUGGUGGGAGACAUUUCCCACAAUGAUGGUUCCAUCAUGCUCCAAAGAGUGAAAGAGUCUGAUGGAGGAAUCUACAACUGCAGUAUCCACCUGGGGAACCUGCUGUUCAGGAAAACUCUUGUGCUGCAUGUGACCACGGAAAAGUCUCAAACCUUGAUUCCAGAAAUCCCUAGACCUGAGCUCCUGGGCGGGAAUCAGCUGGUGAUCAUUGUGGGGAUUGUCUGUGCCACUCUCCUGCUGUUCCCUGUUUUGAUAUUGAUUGUGAAGAGGACCCACUGGAAUAAGAGUUCACUAAAUUCUACAGCCUUUGUUAAAAGCCUGGAGAACAUGGAGAAGGCCAAUCCAGAGAAACAUGUUUACUCCUCUAUAACUACACAGGAAGUGAGGGAGGAAGAAGAACCAAGUGGGAAAUCAGAGGCCACCUACAUGAUCAUGCACCCAGUUUGGCCCUCUCUGAGGUCAGUUCCAGCUGGGGGAAUUCCAAAACCAGAGCAUGCUUUUUGAGAAGAAAGGAGAGUUUCCUUCAAUUUAGCAGUGGCAGGGACUCUGUCCUCCCUCUGUGUUGCUGAGAUACUGUACCAGUUGUUUCAGACCCCUGCCCUCCAGGUAUCCUUGGCUUUCAUCAAAGGGCUGAAGAUGGAGGGUUUGGAGCCUGGCAGAAGGACUGAACAGCUCUGGAGAGGCAGGCUCUGCUGAGGGGAGGGAGAGAAUGAACUUGGCUGGCUAGAAGGGCCCAGAGGAAGUUGGCUGAGGCACUGUGGUGGCCUCAAGCACUCCAUCGGAUCAGACCCUUCAUAUGGACAAUGUGCUUUGUGAUUGAGCUACUGAGAAGAAUCACAAUGAUAAAAACCAAUGCAAAUAAUUCCAUCAAUAAAUGAUGCCUAAAUAAACAUGGUUUGUGAAAAUCAUUCAUUCUUAUGCCCUGCCUGAGGGGUAAGUGGAGUUUGGGUAAGGAAUCCGUAGUUUGGAACUCCUGGAACAACUGUAGCACCUGGAGGGAAGCCUCAUGGUGACUCUGCGUGCUGGACAGGUGUUGGUCCUGGGAACAUACAGCAGGAACAGGUUGGAAGUGAGGUCUGAGCACAGAUC